AUGGCGACUUGCGAAGCUGUUGAUGAAACUAUUUCGUGUGAAGACUUGGAUCUUAUGUUACACUUAUUUCAAUCUGAUUUCUUGGAGGAAGAAAUAGAAAUACAAAAAUCCUUUGAAAAUGCCAUUGAAGAGGUAAAGUAACAUUUUUUCUUGUUUCAAUCGGGUUUAUUGUGAUUAUAAAUAUAUCAUAUACAAUUGGACAAUUGGUGUCCGUCCUAGACUCAUACUUGUCCUAGUGCUCUCUCCUGGCUAAGGCGCCAAGCCGACAACAUUUCAGCACUUUUUCUAUAGUUUACAGCUUAGCUGUUAUUUUAUAAUACUGCUAUAAAGUAUAACCUGUCGUCAGUACGAGUAUCGUAUUCUAAAUUUCUCGUAGAGAUGAUUCUUCAUAGAGAUGAUUCUUCAAACUAUCUGUCAGAUGAGGUUAACUGUGGUAAUUUCAUAGAAAUCCUAAAGUACGGUGCAAUCUGUGCUGGCAAGACUCUUGAAGAACUUUUCAAAAGCACUUCGAAAAACAUGACCUACAAAUCUAAAACCACUCAGAAUGAAAUCAUUGAUAUCUGUGGCGAUUUAAUAACCAAGAAAAUCACUGAUGAGAUCCGCGAAGCGAAGUUUUACUCCAUUCUCGCCAACGAAGCGUCAGAUUGUGGCAACAUAGAACAGCUUAGUAUCGUUCUCAGGUUUGUAGACAAGCAGUGUCAAAUAAGAGAAGAGUUUCUUGGUUUUGUCCCAUGCAAAAAGGGUGUGUCGGGUGAAGCUCUUGCUACUACUACAAUUAAAGAAUUUGUUCGUGACCUAAAUUUGCCAAUUGAUGAUUGUCGUGGCCAGGGUUAUGAUGGAGCUGGGAACAUGGCAGGGCGAUUAUCUGGAGUAGCAGCCAGAAUACAAGAAACCAACGAGAAGGCUCUGUAUGUACAUUGUAACUCUCACCGUUUGAACCUUUGUGUUGCAGCUUGCUGCAAAGAACAGCUAACAAGGAAUAUGAUGGAACAU